GAUUGAGGUUAUGUUUUGAGAAAGUUAUCAUACACGAUUAGCUAAUAUUUUAAUAAUAUUUGUUUGAAAGAUUAUAUACAUACAUAUUUUAUACUAAUUAGGUAUUUAAAAGAGGUUUUAACUAUACAAAUUGUCUUAAACAUCAAUUAUGAAAAUUCGUUAUGCUCUUACCAAUCGUAACAUUUUAAAGUAUUUCAUAUUAUCUAAAGGAUAUUGUUCUAAAGUUCCCGCAACUCCUAUAUCUACAUUAGAAAAAAGAACAGAAGAAAACGUUAAAAUAGAUAAUAAUACUUUAGCUCUUUUAGAAAGACUAUCCUUAGUGAAAUGUGAUACAAUAGAAGGAGUAAAAGUAUUAGAAGAUUCUAUUGCUUUUGCUGACAAGAUUCUUCAUAUAAAUACUGAGAAUGUUAAACCUUUGUAUUCUGUUUUAGAAGACGAGAACCUAUUUCUCCGACCAGAUAUUAUAACACAAGGUAAUUGUCAAAAGGACAUCUUGAAAAAUGCUGUAUUAACAGAGGAUGAUUACUUUGUUUCUCCUCCAGGGAAUAUACCAUUACAUGAAGUACAGUCAGAGGAUACUUUAAGACAAGAAUUGACAAAACAAGUUUCUGAAAAUGACAAAUAAUAUAAGAAAUAUUUUAAAAAUUAGAAACUUUUUUAGAAUUUUAGAGACAAAAGAAUGUACAGUUAGAUAUAUUGUAGAAAAACCUGGACGAUUACUAAUGCAAAACAUUUACUGUAAUUGGUUAAGAUAUAUAAAUACUAAAACAUCAAAAUAUAUGAACCUUUUUUCUGAUAUAAAGUAUUUUCAAGAAACAAAAAAAAUAUCUUUACCUGUUGGAUGUCUAAACUGCACAAUACCUGAUUUUAACAACAAUAUAACAAUUGAAUAUAAUCUUUCUGAGUACACUCAUGUUAAUAAUUUGAAACUUGAUUGUAAUAUAUAUGUUCCAAAGCAAGAUGUAAUGCAAUAUUUCAUUCAGUGGCAGCGUUACAGGAAAUUUUGGUGGAGUUCAAUAACAACAACACCUAGUCUUUUUGCUAUAAAUGACAUCAAAUAUGAUGAGGACUCUGCUGAAGUAGACAUUGUUGCAAAAUAUCCAUGGGGCCAACAAAUUGUAGAGACAGUGAAAAUUUCACCAAGUCAGCUAUUAAAGAACUCAUCGUGUUUGAAUUGCUCAAUGUCACUGGAAGGUGCUUUAUUAUAUAUUUUACAAGAUGCACAAACAAAUCAAAAUAAAGAGCAGUACUUGAGAUUGCACAGAAAAAUGGCACCUUAUAAAAUUUCUUUUGCUCUGAAGUGUGAAGAAUCAAAGGACAAAACUGCGCUACAGGAGCUUGCCAAACUGUUACACUUGAGAUUAAACAUGAGAAAUAUUUCUUCUUGGCCACCAGAUUGGUCCCAUUCAUCAGAAUCACAGAUAAACGAAAAUUUACAUAUGGGCGUGACCUACACAGCUGUUCUGAGUCAGAAAACGCUUGAAAAUGGCAUAUUUCAUUUAUUGAAUAGCAGUACUAUGUUGAAGGAAGAAGUCCACUUAGCUGAUUUUGAUGAUUAUGCAACUUUAUUAUUUAGUAAUUAAUCACGUAAUGUAAUAAUAUAGUAUAACAGUCUCAAUAAAAAAAUAUUAUCA